AAAUGUGUAAACAUCAACAUCGUUUAGCAUAAAAUUAAGUACAACAGAAAAGGACUGUUUCCAGUUCAUUAAUGAAUAAAUAUUAACAUUAUGAAUAUUUGUAGAACUUGUCUUGCCAUAGAAACUAGUAAAAAUAUCUAUGACUUACCGAAAGGAGUACAAGAAGAAUCAAAAUCUCAUACUGAAAUAAUGCAGUUUUGUGUAGACAUUGAGAUAGUACCAGACCAAAAGAUUAGUACAAAGCUUUGUGAAACAUGUUUUUUAAAGAUUGUUGACAUAUACAAGUUCAAAGAGCAGGCAAUUAAAAACGACAAAUAUUUACAAACACAUUCCAGUUAUAUUGGGACAAAUAAUUGCCUUGUAGGCGAUACCCCUUUCAAACAGUGUGACGACGAUUAUAAUGAUAAUUUUAUUUACGAUGGCUCACAAAUUGAAAUAAAAGACGAAGUAGAUGUGAAAGAAGAAAGUGAAUCUGGAGAUUAUAAAUCUGAUGAUGAACUACUUAGCACUAUUAAGAAUAUCAAAUAUGGUUAUGUGACUGAAGAUGUUAAGGAAAAUUUACCAACAAUACAAGCUAAAAAUAAAAAAGGGCGGGAGAAAAUUAAAGACAAGAAAAACAAAGAGGCUCAAAUAUGUGAAGAGUGUGGAAAAACUGUUAGAAAUAUCAAGGCUCAUAUGACUCUGCAUCAACCAAAGUGUGCCCAGAAGAAUUACCAAUGUGAAUACUGUGAUAAAGUAUUUAAAAGUUAUGGUGCCCGCUACAAACAUGUUAAAAUAAAACAUUUUGGUGUGAAGGAGCAUUGUUAUUUAUGUAAUAAGAAAGUAGUAAAUCUAAAGAGCCAUACCCUUAACAUGCAUGACACAAGCAGCUUGCCAUUUGAGUGUAACAUUUGUAGUCGCCGCUUCAUAUCGCCCUCCAGACUGAAGGAGCACACGCUCAUACACACAAAAGAGAAACCGUUUAUGUGUGAUAUGUGCAAUAAGGGAUUCCGGAAUAGCCGCCUCAUGAUGGUUCAUAAGCGUCAAGUUCAUGAUAAGGAAAAACAUCAUCUAUGCCAAUUCUGUUCUAAAAGUUUUUUUAAGAAAUAUGCAUUACAAAUACAUUUGAGGAGUCACUCCAAAGAGAAGCCCUACGAAUGCAAGAUUUGCGGCAAGUGGUACUCCUGCAGCACCGUGCUCAAGAACCACGCCCUCUUGCACGAGGGCGAUAAGAAGUUUAGUUGCAAGUACUGUGAUAUGACCUUCGCUAGUGCUAAAUAUGUCUACAAGCACAUGGUAGUUCAUACGAAAGAGAAGAAAUACCCGUGUAAGUAUUGCGGAGUGAGGUUCGGUCGCUCCGACCACCGGUUGAGGCACGAGAAGACUGCGCACGAAAGACAUUUUACUUCUUCCACGUGAUAGGAGAUAUUUAAAAUAUAUAUAUUACAAGCAAAAGGGAGAAAUAAUGGCGGCCAACUCUACUUAAAGUAUAUUGACUUAAUGAAAACUUAUACGGGAAUCAUGGUAAAAUUUGCAUUUAAUUACGUAUGGAAUUAUGUUGAGAAAUGUUGAAAAUACAUUAUAUACUGUUAUGGGAAA